AUGGUACUCAGAUUAGCAGAGGAAUGUCAACAGAUCCUUCUCACUGGCUUUUAUGGCUUCCUUGAAUCAGCUAGAAAGGGGGAUAGUUGGAACCUGAUGAAACUGAUUAAACCUGCAGAGAACAUACCGUGGCUGUGCUUUGGAGAUUUCAAUGAAAUCUUGCAUAAUCAUGAAAAGGUUGGAGGAGCUAACAGACCUUACUCUCAGAUGGAAGCCUUUAGAAUAUCCAUGGAAUGGUGUGGCCUGAGCGAACUAGGCUUUGUAGGACCCAAAUUCACUUGGUGCAAUAAUAGAAUGGGAACACAUUUCACUAAAGAAAGACUGGAUCGAGCAUUGGGAAACAUGCUAUGGACUAGUAUGUUUAAUGAAAACAGUUUCAAUGUUCUUGCUGCCCAACCAUCUGACCACUGCCCUUUAUUGAUAUCUGCAAACAAAAGAGGAAGAAGGGAGCUGUAUUUAGUUCCUACAAGAGAGAAAAUUUUCAGAUUUGAGGCAAGAUGGAAUCUUCAUGAAGCAUGCAAUAGCAUUAUUAAAUCCUGCUGGUCCCAUCAGGAUUCUCAACAAGUUUAUAAUAUCAACUCAGUCCUGAGGAAGCUCAACAGAUGUAAGGCCUCCCUAAAAGACUGGAGCUCAACCUUAUGGAAACAUAAGAGGGAUAUCCAAGCUCAAUUGAACAGGCUCCUGGAAAUGCAAGACUCUAACACUGGUUCAAGAACAACUGAAGUUAAGGCUCUUCAGAAGGAGAUUGAUAAAGCCCUUGAAGAAGAAAAUCUGAAAUGGAAGCAAAGAGCUAAACAGAUGUGGCUUAAAGACGGGGAUAGGAACUCAAAUUACUUCCACAAGUGCGCUAAUCAGAGGAGGAAAAACAAUAGCAUUCAGAAGCUUGUAAGAAAUGAUGGCCUUACCACAACUGACAUAGGUGAGAUUUCUUCUAUGUUUACCACUUAUUUCCAGGAGCUCUUUUCUUCAGCAUCUCCAAACAGCAUUGAUGUCUGUUUGAACCAAGUACAUCACCGAGUUAAUAGUGAGAUGAACUCCAACCUGACCAAACAGUUCACAGCUGAGGAGGUAAAGUCUGCCCUCUUCCAAAUGAACCCCAUGGGUGCCCCUGGCCCAGAUGGUUUUCCUGCAUUAUUUUACCAAUCUCACUGGGAUGUUGUAGGAGAAGAGGUCACUAAAGCAGUGUUGGAUAUCCUAAAUGGGAAUGGGGAAAUUUCACACAUAAAUGAAACCUAUAUUGUUUUAAUCCCGAAAGUUAAAAACCCUCAAACAGUUAUGGACUUCAAACCAAUAUCUCUUUGCAAUGUCAUUUACAAAGUGGUCUCUAAAACUCUUUCUAAUAGACUGAAGUUGAUCCUUCCUUCGAUCAUUGCUCCCACUCAAAGUGCUUUUAUUCAGGGGAGGAUGAUUCAGGAUAAUGUUAUUGUGGCUUUUGAAACUUUGCACUCCAUGUCCAUCAAAGGCAAAGGGCAACAAGGUUACAUGGCCAUAAAAUUAGACCUGAGCAAGGCCUUCGAUAGGGUGGAAUGGGAGUUUUUGGCAAAGGUCAUGGCUAAAAUGGGUUUCAACAGAAGAUGGAUAUUUCUGACAAUGCAGUGUGUAACUACAGUCUCCUACUCCACACUUAUUAAUGGGAAACCUCAAGGCAAUUUCUCUCCAUCAAGAGGGAUUCGACAAGGGGACCCCCUUUCUCCCUACCUUUUCAUUCUGGUAGCUGAGGUUAUUCUAAAUCUCUAUGAGGAGGCCUCAGGUCAGAAGCUCAACAAGUCUAAAACCUCGAUCUAUUUCAGUCCUAAUACAAGACCAGCAACUAGGGAGUACAUCUUGAGUCUUGCUCAAACAAGAGCCUCCUCUUGUUAUGAAAGGUAUCUGGGUCUCCCAAAUCUCAUAGGCAGAUCUAAAUAUGCUGCUUUCAAGGGCAUACUAGAUAGAGUCAGGGGAAAAGUCAGUAACUGGAAAAACAAAUUUCUAUCCCAGGCAGGGAAGGAUAUUCUCCUCAAGGCAGUGGUUCAAGCCCUCCCUACCUACUGCAUGGGAGUUUUUAAACUCCCCAAAUCCCUUCUAGGUGAGAUCAACAAAGUUAUGAACCAGUUCUGGUGGGGUCAUCUCCAAAAUGAAAAAAAGGUGCAUUGGGUGUCUUGGGGACAGAUGGGUAGAUCGAAAACUAGAGGAGGUUUGGGUUAUAGAGACCUUGAGAGCUUUAAUUUGGCUCUACUGGCCAAGCAGGGGUGGAGACUUCUUCAAUAUCCUGACUCUAUAGCUGCUCAAGUCCUCAAGCUGAAAUACUUCCCAGAUGUGGAUUUCUUUCAAGCCAAGUUGGGCUCUAGACCAUCUUUCAUAUGGAGAAGCAUUCAGGCUGCAAGAGGUUUGGUUGAAAAAGGGUCACUAUGGCGCAUAGGUAAUGGUCUAGGAACCAAAAUCUGGAAAGAUAGAUGGUUGCCCCAACCUUCUAGUUACAAAAUCCAAAGCCCUGUCCAUCUGUUUCCUGAGAAUGAAGUGGUGGCAAGACUCAUUAAUAAUGAGACAAAACAAUGGGAUAGAGGUCUAACCACAGCUCUUUUUGGGCCUGAUACAGCUUCUUUAAUUCAAAGAAUUCCUAUCAGUUUUUCUGGUGCCAACGACAGACUCAUUUGGUUGGGCACCAAAGAUGGAUCUUUCUCAGUCAAGUCUGCCUAUCAUUUGCAGAAAGAGUCCAUGGAACAACUUAAGGGUCAAUCCUCUAGAGGAAUACAGAACAAGGAAGUUUGGACAGGAUGCUGGAAGCUGCAGAUCCCUAAUGCAACUAAGGUUUUCAUCUGGAGGGCCUGCCUGGAAUCUCUUCCAACCAUGCUCAACCUAUCUAAGAGGAAGAUAGUAGAUUCCCCUAUAUGCCCCAUCUGUUGCAGGGAACAGGAAUCCACAACUCAUGCACUGUGGGAAUGUAGUUCUGCUAUGGAUGUAUGGAGUCAAGGCCAUAUAGUGUUUCAAAAAAGUUCUUUAAGAAAAGCCAAUUUCAAAGAGCUUUUCGAGAGCCUAUAUAGUCAGUGUGAUCAAAGCUUAAUGGAACAGUUUUCUGUGGUAGCCAGGAGCAUUUGGUCUAGAAGAAACAAGAUGAUCUUCGAGGGGUCCUUUGUGCAUCCAAGUCUGUUAGUAAAUCAGGCUUCACAAUCAUUGACUGAUUAUAGGACUGCCCAAGAGAACUGGAAGACAAAGGCUCAGAUCCACUCUCAAGCAUCCGUGUGGUCUCCCCCUCCAUCAGGUGUCACGAAAAUUAACUGGGAUGCUGCUGUGGAUGGUCCUAACAAUAGAAUUGGUAUUGGUCUGGUGGCUCGAGACCAAGUGGGUAAUGUUAUGAUCAGCAAAAAGCUCUCCAUUUCUUGCUUUCCUGAACCUCUGCUGGCUGAAGCUAUAGGUGCUUUUCAUGCGGUUUCCCUGGCCAAGGAGAUGGGUCUCACUUCUGUUAUCUUUGAAGGGGAUUCCUUACAGGUUGUUAAUGGUCUCAAUCUCCCUUCAGACAGGGGCGAUAGUGUGGGCAUGUUUUUAUCUGACACUAAGAGUAUUCUCUCUAGUUUUAGUCUUUGGUUUGUGGUUUUUGUUGGGAGGAGUGGUAAUCACUGUGCUCAUGUACUAGCCAAAGAAUCUCUAAUGUUAGCUGUGAACUCGAUUGAACUGGUCUAUGGGAAGACAUUUCUAUACAAGGCACUUCUCACAAAAGUAAGAUUAAGAAAAUUAGUAGCACUUUCAACUGCUUCAUCUCAUGUUGCUGCAUCUAUCCUUCCUAGAGGUGGAUCGGCACACUCGUGCUUUAAUAUUCCACUGGAUAUUGAUGAACAGAGCAUGUGUUGUGUCAGUAAACAAAGUGCCCUGGCAAAGCUACUACGUGUAGCAAGGUUAAUUAUAUGGGAUGAGGCCCUUAUGUCAAGAAAACAACACAUCAAAGCAUUAACAUUCGGUGGAAAAAUUGUACUUUUUUAUGAAGACUUUCACCAGGUUUUACCUGUGGUUUGUAAAGGAAUAAGGCAAGAACAGGUUGACACCAGUUUGGUUUCUUCCUAUUUGUGGCCUACAUUGAUCAAGCAUCAUUUGAUUGAAAAUAUGCGAGCAAGAUUGGAUUCAGUUUUUUCAGAAUAUGUGUUAGAAUUAGGUAAUGGAAUGCCACCAAUUACACUUGAUGAAACUAUAAAAAUUCCUGAUGACAUGCUUGUCUUCCAUGAUAUUCAUGAAUAUUCAAUAAAUAUUUCAGCAAUGAUGAAUCGGGUCAUAUUAACAGAUCAUUUAAUAGAUGUUGUCUUUUAUGAUAUUCAUGAAUAUUCAAUAAAUAUUUCAGCAAUGAUGACUCGGGUCAUAUUAACACCAAACAACAAUUAUGAUGAUGGAAUAAAUGUAUUACUAAUUCAUAGGUUUCCUUCUGAGCUUAGGCGAUAUUAUAGCUUUGAUAAAGCAAUAGAUGCAUCGGAACAAUCAGUUAUGGAGAAUUUUUUAAAUACUCUAACCCCAAAUGGACUUCCUCCUCAUGAAUUGUUACUGUAG